AUGUCAAGAGGUGAUGUGGGAAACAGUCGCAUAGUGAUUACAAUCUACCACCUCUUCGUCACCUUUAUUAUAGUUGUAUUUGGUGCAUGGAAGGCAGCAGCUGUCUCUCAAGACAAGGCAAUCUUGUCGGACACGCUAGAUUGGAUUGUCGGUAUUAUCAUCGGCGUGUUGCUCUUUGCGCUGAGCGAAAUCAAGAACUAUCAGAUUCCUGCACUCGAUUGGCUUUUUCGCCGUAACAUCAGGGACUUUCUCUGGUACUUUUUUGACGAAUCUGUUCGGGAGGAUGGUGAUAAUAUUGACCUAAUUGAGCGUCGUUCCGGCAAUCCCCCACGCCUACCAACGCUAUCUUUUGACGGACGAGAUACUGUGCUGGAUGUGCCUCGGGAUUACAGUGAGGGAGAAGAGUUGGUUGAUUCUCCUCAGGAAGAACUCGAUGGCCUGCUCAUUUUCAAUGACCCGGAUGAGUCGGGAUCGGAAUUACGCAGGCGCUAG